UUGUCUCUAAAAUCAAGAUAUCAUUGAGACCGAGGGUCAUCAUCUGGUCAAAGUUGUCAAUGUAAAAAAUAAGUAUUGGAGUUAGUUAUUUGCCUAAAUAAAGUCAUAAUAAUGGGAAAGAAUAAAGGACAACGUACGAAAAACAAUGCUCGGCCGUCAAAUAGCAAUCGAAGUGCUGAACUUUUAGGAGCAUCUGCUCCAGGUUUUGUUGGUUUUACAGCAGCAAAAGAUGGUGGAUAUGUACCUUUCUUACCUGGUCUCUCUAUUGCUAACAAUAGUGCAAUAAAUGAUAUCGAUCCAACUUUUCAAGUGGUGUUUAAAAAAAUGAAUAAGAAAGAUGCUACAACAAAAUAUAAGGCAUUGGUAGAGUUUUCGGAAUUGUGUACAAAUUCAGAAUUAGCGACUGUAGAGGCAGUACUCCCAUGCUGGCCACACUUAUAUAGUCUACUUUCUACAGAUCUAGAUCACAGAGUAAGAGAAGCUGCUCAAUUAGCUCAUGCAGCUUUAAUUAAAAAAGUUGGCAAAUUAAUUGCUGUAUGUUUGAAACAACUGGCUGGACCAUGGUUUGUAUCGCAGUAUGACAUGUAUCCACCAGCAGCUUCAGCUGCUGCUAACUGUUUUAAUACAACUUUUCCACAACAUAAAUUUGAGUCUGCAUUGAUACAUUGUCGAAAGGAAAUCCUUGAGUAUAUUUGUGAUAAUAUUAUUAAUUUGAGUCCACAAUCAUUUGCUACAAACAAAUCUUUGACACCAGAAGAAUUGGAAGCAAAAUAUCAGAGAUUAGUAACAUCUAGCUUACAAGCUUAUAGUUUUAUUUUGAAAACUAUUGAUACUGAAAAUACUGCCGAAUAUCACAAAAAGUUAAUAAGUAGUAAUAAAUUUUGGAAAUUGGCUAAAAAUGAGGUUCCUGCAACCAAAACUGCAUUUUUCAAUGCACUCACUGCUUUGAUUUGUUAUGCUAAUAACAUUGUAAAUGAGGAGAAAAGAAAAGUUUUGACAACUAUAAUGAGUAGUUUAGAUGAAACUGAACCAGCUUUACUUACUACAGUUUGGGAAUCUCUGUUGGUGGCAAUAAAUAAAAUCGAGGAUUGGCAGAAAGUUGUCAAUGUUGAAAAAUUAGUACUGUCUAAAUUGUGGAAGGUGUUAAAAAAUGGUGGUCAAUGUUGUGCAACUGUAGUUUAUCCAAAUUUACUUCCAUUUCUCAGUCAGUUCACUAAAUUUGAAAUCAACAAAGAAAUUUUAUUAAAGAAUUUUUUUGACAAUAUGCGUCAAGGAUUCUCAGCAAAGAGCGUAAAAUUAAGUCGCUCAGAAACAUUUGCCGUGGUGACUUCAUUUUUUGAAUGCUUUAGAUAUGCUAUAUUGGUAUCCAGUACCAAUGAAAAUUUUUGUAUAGUCUUACUCAAAGAAGAGCUUAUGCCUUUGAUAGAAUCUUGUCUUUGCGAAAAUCAAUCAGUGAGAUCCAUUUUCUUUUGCGAGCUUUCUCAUUUACUACGAUAUUGGAGUAAAAACAGCAAUAAAUCGGAGUAUCCGACUUACGUAAAAUUAAUGAAAAUAUUUUGGUUUGACUUGAUUGCUAUUUUCAAUCGUAUCGUCGAUAAUUCUAAUGAUAAUUAUGGUACAACAAUAAGUUCAAUCGUCAUAAAUAUAGCCGAACUAUUGAUGUAUUUGAAAAAUGCACCUUAUCAUAGUCGACGUAAUAUGAAAGUAAAGUUUUCUGAUUCUGCUCCAGAAUCUGAUAUACAGCCGACAUCUCCUUCAUUAUCAUUACCAACGAUUGUUUCCGAUGACGACAAUGCUGCUUUCAUUAAAGAACUUCAGCAAUUUGUUAUUAAAUUAUGUGUAAGCUAUUUCAAGAAGAUUAUGGACAAACCUUUUGAGCACAAAGUUAUUAACUUAGUAAAGAUCAUAACGGGUAAUGAAAGUAAAGAAUUAUUUACUGCUUUGGCUAAGGCAUAUGACGAAAGUGGAAGUCUGUUGCAAUUUUACAAUCAGAAUCUUAAAACAUUGAUGACAAUCGAAAACGAAGAAAUAGAAGCUUUGAUCAAUUUGAUAUUUAGCAUUAUGUCACACAUGUGUAAUGAAGAAAAGAAAGUUGUAUUACAAUCUUUCCAAGAGAUCGAAAAUAUAAAUAUCUUGAAGAUUGCUGUACAAUAUGCAUUAAUGAAAAAAUACGAAGACGACAACGUUAUACGAAAUUGGUGCAAGCAAGAUGUAAUUACAAAUACUUUAGUUCUUACAGCUCAAGAUGUUUUGUCUUCCUUAGACUUUACAGAUAUUGAUGAAAAGAUGUUCUUGCAAGCCUUUGAACCUGCCGAAAAUGGAGAAUUGUUUGUAAGCUACGAAGCUAUAGUUGGAAUGUCAUCACUACUGAGUUUAAUGGUAGACCGAAUGCCAUGGAAUAAAGAAAAAUAUGUUCAUCGUAUCGCCAAUUUACUCUCGCGCUUAACAAGUUUAAGCUGGACUCAAAAAGAAUACAAUCCAGGAGAACUCAAAUUGUUAAAAGCAUUAUUCCGGCUACAUAUGCGUGACAUUACAGAACGAAGCGAAGAAGAUGGCGAAUCCCUUACAGUAAAGAUUGUUGAAGAAACUUGGACUAAAGGUAUUUUGAAACUGAGUAACAGAUUUUCUCCGGCUUCAUUUGCAAGUCAUGUCAAAUAUUUUGCAUCCUUAAUAUGGGAGAAGAUGUUGCAAACAAACGAUAUUUUCAAAGAUUCAUUAAUAAAAUUAUCAACAAGCUUCAUCAACGCACUUAUUCAAACUAAACCUCGUUAUUCCCAAAAACUUGUUGUUACUUUUAUGAUAGAAUUAGAAAUACAAAAAUGGAUGAAAAAUGUUUUUGGAAUUGUAUUUUAUGGCGAAUUAAUUACCGGAAAUCUUUAUGCAUCAACUUUAACGCAAAAAGCUCAAAUGUUUGACAGUUUGUUCGAUGUUGAUUUAUCUAGUGAUAAUUUUCACGAUGAUACUUAUAAAUGUUUAAAAUGGGCUGCAGCUAGUACAAAAAUUGUUAAUAAAUUAUUAGCAAACACUGCUGACUUUCCUGAAAUAUCAAAUAUUCUCAUUGAACUAGUAUUUGUAGCGACAUUAGGUGAAAUGUAUUUAAAGCAUUAUAAUUCUACAAAAUUUUCCAAUGACGUGAAUGCUUUACAAAAAAAAUUUCACGAAGAGCUAAAUACUUUGAAAACUUUCUUAUCAGAAGAUGUUCACAAUAAAGUUGUUUCAGAUAUUUAUCAACUGUUGUUAUCAUAUGGUGGAAUCUAUCCUAAUGUUCUCAAAUUCUACUACAACUUUUUCACUCCCAAAAAUGAAUUGUCAAAGUUGUUCGAAGAUAAUGCUUUGCUAACAACAAAUACUUCCAAUAAUAUCGGGAUAUUUUUACAGUGUACUCAGGUGCUGAAUGAUUGUCCUAAUCUGGAAAAAAUUAAAUCAUUUCCAGAUGAUAGUAGUGAUUUCUACAAAAUAUUUUUAGCUAAAAUGCAAUUUAACGAAGAUGAAAUUACACUACUUGGAGAAGUUUUUGAAAGAAUAACAAAACGACAAAAAUCUAAACCAUUAACUUUACUUUUGGAUUGUGAUGUCCACAACGUAGAGUGGAAAAACUUUGUUAUGCCACUAGAAAUAAUUUCGUUUUUUACAAAAUGCGUAACUACUGUUCCAAAAAAGCUCACCCUUCCUCAAUGGGACGUAAUAGAAAUAUGUCUUGCGUCCUGGAGUUUAUCUGUAAAAAAAUCAAUUGAACAUUAUAAGAAUGUUAAGGUACGAGCGUUAAUCGUUGGUGUCAAUAAACUUUAUUCUGCUAUACAACAAAUCAUGAAUGAAUAUGCUAAAACACCUAUAGAAGAAUUGCCGCCAUCUUUAUUCGAGGAAUGGAAAAAUGUUUUCUCUAAUGACUUACAAUCCGAAAUUUUCAAUACUUGGAUGACAUUUGCAGAGUUAUAUAAGGAAAAAGACAUGCCGAUCGUUUCAAUAAUACUUUUGAAUUUUCUUGGAAAGUCAUUGAAAUUUUUCGACGAGCCGAUUAUUAAAAUGGAAUUAUCUGAGUAUAAAAGUUCAAACAAGUCAGAAGAGCAAACAUUGCAACUGUUAUUGAAAUUAAUACAUUGUCAUAUAUUAAGUUUACAAUUGGGAUCAUAUAUUGCACUAAACAAUAUCGUAGAAGUGUUUGUCAAAAGAGAUAGUGCUAUCAUCAUUGAAGAAGAUUAUGAGAUCAAAUCAUUGAACAUUUGCAAGUUUGAACAAAUUUUAAAAACGGCUCAAACUGUUGUCAAUACAAUAUUAAUGGACUUUAAGCUGUGCGAUACCGUAAGUUGUACAAUCCAACCGCAUACGGACUCUUACACUUACACUAUUGGUUAUUUACUUACUUGGGGACUUGUGCUAAACAUGUGUGCCAAAGCUAAUGCUGAUCUUCGCUGCAAUUAUGCUGAAAUCCUAAAAGAUGAUUAUUUUCCAAGUUUAAUGAAUAACAUUUUCCGAUUGAUGCCUAUAGAAGUACUACAAGAUACCAAGAACAAAAAUUAUAAAUUAACCGAAAUUUUCAGCACAGUACCUUCAUUUGAUUUCACUGAUAGCUGGACUGAAUGGAGACUUGAUCACUUGGUAUGUUGGGUGUAUACCAAUUGUCUUCGGUACUUACCAGUGCUAGUGAGGCAGUGGUGGAGUACCGCGGACAGUCGGGUGAGCGCUGCUGUCGACAAAAUUACAACUGUCUACGUUAGUCCCUUUUUGUGUAACGAAGAACUACGCGACAAUAGAUUGACAAACUUUGAUAAUAUGCAAGUCAAAGUUCACCCUGCAGCCCGCGAAGUUAUAUCUCUAUAUCAAAUGGAUGAUACAAAAUUAGAACUCAACAUUAUUUUGCCAAUCAAUCAUCCCCUUGGAACUGUCAUCGUUGAACCUGGACAACAUGCCGGGGGAACUCCUAAUUGGAGAAACUGUCAUAUGCAGUUGUCGAUCUUCUUAACGCAUCAGAACGGUUCCAUUUGGGAUGGUUUAAUGUUAUGGAAGCAAAAUCUUGAUAAAAAAUUUGCAGGUGUCGAGGAAUGUUACAUUUGUUUUAGUAUUUUCCACAUAAGUACCUAUCAAAUACCAAAACUGUCUUGUCGCACUUGUCGCAAAAAGUUCCACAAACCUUGUCUUUUCAAGUGGUUCAAUACGAGUCACAAGUCGACUUGCCCUAUAUGUAGAAAUCAAUUUUAAUGGAAUUUGACAAAAUCCAUUCACUAAAUCUACGGUGACAUGAGUCACAUUGAUAUUUUGAAACUUUUAUGCAAGUCAUUUUAGAUAAAGAAUAAGUAUUAUGUGUACAGAAUUCAUUAUUGCGAAUUAUUCUUUUUUAUUUAUCUUCAUAUUUUAGAAUACAAAUUUAUUCAAAUCUCCAUUUAUAAUAAUUUUACUGUUUAAAGUUGCUUAUAAUUCUACAUAAAAAUAUAGGA